AUGGCAAGCAUGGCGCUCGUUCUCACAAUUUGCUUCUUGGGCUUCUUCGUGCCCGCCCCUUCCCUGGCGUUGUCCUCCAACAACAACGACUUCCUCCGGUGCCUCUCGGCGAACAUCCCCAGCCAGCUCGUGCUGACGCCAAGCUCGCCGUCGUUCACGCCGCUCCUGGUGUCGUCCAUCAGGAACGCCAGGUUGGUGGCGCCGGCUACGGCGAGUCCUCCACUGUGCAUCGUGACGCCCACAAACACGUCGCAUGUCCAGACCGCCGUGCGCUGCGGGCGACGCCACAGCGUCCGUGUCCGCGUGCGCAGCGGCGGGCACGACAACGAGGGCCUCUCGUACCGAUCGACCACCCCGAACGGCCAGGCGUUCGCGGUGAUCGACCUCGCCAAGCUUCAUGCCGUCCACGUCAACCCGCACGAAGCCACCGCGUGGGUCGAGACCGGAGCGACGGUCGGACAGCUCUACUACCGCAUAGCCAAGGCCGCGCCAGGGCUGGGCUUCCCGGCUAGCGUGUGCCCGACCGUGGGCGUGGGGGGCAUCAUCAGCGGCGGCGGCAUAGGCCUCAUGAUGCGCAAGUAUGGACUCUCGGCCGACAAUGUCCUCGACGCUAGUAUGGUCGACGCCAACGGGAACCUGCUGGCGAACAAGAAGGCCAUGGGGGACGACCUCUUCUGGGCCAUCCGCGGCGGCGGCGGCGGGAACUUCGGCAUCGUGCUGUCGUGGAAGCUUAGGCUCGUGGCGGUCCCACCAAAGGUGACCUUCUUCAAAGUCGCCAAGACCAUGGAACAGGGCGCGGUCGACACGGUGACCAAAUGGCAAACGCUUGCGCCGACGCUCCCUGACGAACUCAGCGUACGUGUUGUCAUCCAAAAGAGCCAGGCCAACUUCCAGUCCCUGUACCUUGGCAACUGCAGCACCGUGGUGGCGACAAUGCGCAGCCGGUUCCCGGAGCUCGGGGUGACGAGCGCUGACUGCAAGGAGAUGAGCUGGCUGCAGUACACGGCGUACAUAUACUUCGGCGACGCCAUCAACAGCAAGCCGCUGGAGGAGCUCCUCCUCAAUCGGUCCACGACCCUAGGCCCCUUCGUCAAGAACAAGUCCGACUACGUCAAGAAAGCCCUCACCAAGGAGACCUGGAAGAAGAUCUUCCUCUGGCCCAACGGCGCAGCAUCGGGGCAGCUCAUCCUCGAGCCACACGGUGGAAUAAUGGGCCGCAUCGGCGCCGUCAAGAUCCCGUUCCCCCACCGAAGCAACGUGCUCUACAACAUCCAGUACGUGGAGCUAUGGAACGGGAAAGAGGUCGGGGGCAACGCUACGCCUAACUGGAUCGGAAGCCUGUACAACUUCAUGACGCCGUAUGUGAGCAAGAACCCGAGGGGCGCGUACGUGAACUACCGGGACCUCGAUAUCGGCACGAACCAGGUGGUCGACGGCAUGACAAGCUAUGGAAGUGCCAAGGUGUGGGGCGAGAGCUAUUUCGGCCCGGAGAACUUUAGGAGACUCGCCGAGAUCAAGCGCAAGGUGGACGCCGGCGACUACUUCCAGAGCGAGCAGAGCGUGCCGCCAUUUCCCUUGAAGGAGUAG